CAAAAAACCAACAGGAUGCCUUGCAAGGGAUGCGGAAACAACUGCCAGUGCUCAGCCGGAAAGUGCGGAGGAAACUGCGCCGGAAACAGCCAAUGCCAAUGCGCCGCCAAGACGGGAGCCAAAUGCUGCCAGGCCAAGUGAUUGGCGUCUACAUAAAGCAUUAUUUAUAUAGUUCUUAGUAGCUAAUCUCCGACUGAACCUGAAUAACACCCGUUGUAAUGUUAUAGUAAAUUUAAUUCUUAAUUAAUUGAAACCCCAGAGAACUGGAGGUUAAAAAAUAAACAAUCAAUCAAUAAUAUAGAAAGGUUUAUUAUUUAAAUUCACUAAAAUAAGAAACCAGUUUUGUUAAUUUA